AUAUAGCACUUUACUCAGAUGAUAAAACAAAAAUGUUUGGCGCCAGUCGCACAAUUAUGUGUGCCUCUAGGAAUCGAAGCAUCGACCUGCGAAUUAAUGGUUUUGAAAUGAUGAAAGGAAAACGCCAAACAUUUCAAACAGAUGAAGGAUACAAGAAAGAUGACCUACAAAUGGAGGUUCAACAAGAAUGCAUGCAGUUCUCUUUAUUAGCAAGGGAUCUGUGUAGCCGAUUUCUAACUGUUUUCUUGGCUAUAAUGAAGGACAAUGAGAAACACCUUUUGCAAACACUGGAGUUCCAGCUGGAGCAGGCUCUUGAAGACCGUCUGCAAUUCAAGCUGAAGACUGCUGAGCCAGAACUGCAGGAUCUGGUGGUGAAUUUACUUGAUUCUAGUGGAGCCAUUAUCGUUGACCUUGUGGAAGCAGUCCUUUACUUUCUUCAGGCUCUAGAUGAAUUGACUGAACUCCAGCUGUGGUUGCUGGCAGAAUCUGUGGAGAAAAAGAUUGUGUCCAAGGAGGUGACACUGGUAAAAAGUAUUCUGGAUCACAAAUUCAGCAAAAAAGGAGGAAGUUUUACUAUAGAUGUUCAGUCCCUGACUGAAGAGGAGCUGAAUAUAACUGGAGCAAUGAUUGAAAUGAGCAGAGUGACAAUUCAGAAAACCGGACUUAGCCUUGUUCUGACUGGAGAACCUGCUGCUUUAUCUGACUUAAAUGCUCUGUAUGUAGCUCUGUAUGUACUCAGUCUCCUAUCCAAAUAGGAGCUUGACUCGAAAAACAAGGCAUAACAUGAUGGUUAUAAUUUACAGAACAAAUAACCUGUUAUUGUUGUUUGAACUUAUAUACUGCACCACAGUGCUAAAGGACUCACUUUCUGGGUGGUUUACAACAUAAUUAUGCAAACAACAUCUUGCCCCCGAGCAAACUGAGUACUCAUUUUACUGACUUUGGAAAGACAGAAGACUGAAUGAGCCUUCAGUCAGCUAUCUGAAUUUGCUGGGAUUGAAUUCAAUAAAUAUUCUCAGAGACUCUCCCAACCCUGCUUAUAACUUAUUUGAACUGUUGCCUGCAUAUAAACCAGGGAUGCGGUUGCUCCCUUUCCAUUGCCCACUGAUUCCCCAUAUUUUCCUCCCCCUCCUUCUUCUAUGGUGGUGGAAUGCAGUGUUGUUUUAGGUUAGCUCAUGCGCUAUAAGGGUGGAAGAUGGGGUAUUAUCAGUUUGCUAAGAUUGCAUAGUUAACUUUGUCACAACUCUUUUGGUAGUUGGGGCACUAGGAUUGGAACCAGAUCAUGUACGGGUCAAAAAGAAGGCUGCUCGCCCGGGAUAGUGAAUGAACCUCUCUGUAUGGGAUGAUAGGGGCAUGGUCUGAGCCAGCAUGGGGGCCCACUGGCCUAGCCCUUGCCCUUCAGGUGACAAAGAAUCAUGGAGUAGCAUAUGUGGGGUGGUCACCAAAAGACGGCGACUUCUGGGGGCAGACCUUCAGCAGUUGUUGAAGUGAAUGGUGGUGGGCAUCGGGGCAGGUGGGGCGUCUCACUGCACUGGGUCCAAUUCCACAGUGCUGGCCAGGGACGGUUGCUGUAACUAAUAAACUUUUAGUCUUUUUCUUCCAAUGAAAAA